AUGUCUGGGCGCUUCGUGCGGGCCAGCAAAUACCGGCACGUCUUCGGCCGAUCAACAAGACGCGAACAAUGCUACGACAACCUACGGAUCAGCAAGAAUGCUUGGGACACAAAUCUCAUCAAAGCGAACGCAAAGUACCUGGCAGUGAACUGGGAUGCCAGUGGAGGCGGCGCAUUUGCUGUGUUACCAUUGGAAGAGAAAGGCAAAGUCCCCGAGCAAAUACCGCUGUUCCGAGGCCAUACGGCGACCGUGCUUGAUACCGACUGGAAUCCUUUCAACGACGAUAUAGUCGCUUCGGGCUCAGACGAUUGCAAAGUGUUCUUAUGGCAGGUGCCCAAUGACUUUAGUCUCCAUACCGAUGCUGAGGAGCCGGCGGAUGUGAAGCCUGUUGGCAAGUUGAGCGGACACUCAAGAAAGGUGGGACACGUUCUGUUCAACCCUGCUGCGGAGAAUAUUCUGGCUUCUAGCUCUGGCGACUACACUGUCAAGCUGUGGGAUUUGGAAGAUGGCAAGCCGAAGCUCACACUGAAGCAUACCGACAUCGUCCAGAGUCUUUCGUGGAGUGCGAAUGGCAGCAUGCUUGUGACAACGUCUCGCGAUAAGAAGCUCAGAUUCUGGGACGUACGGCAAGAGUCACCGGCCCAUGAGGUCGCAGGCCACACGGGAGCGAAGAGCAGCAGGUGUACAUGGCUCGGCGAUCACGAUAGAGUGGCUACGACAGGCUUCAGCAAAAUGAGCGAGCGACAAUUAGGUCUGUGGGAUCUGCGCAACCCUACCACACCAGUGGGUGGCGACUUCAUGUUCCUAGACUCGAGCUCGGGUAUCGGAAUGCCUUUCUGGGAUGAUGGCACCCAGAUUCUAUUCGUGGGUGGCAAAGGCGACGGCAACAUCCGCUAUUUCGAGUACGAGAACAACAAAUUCGAGCCCCUGUCCGAGUACAAGUCUGGCGACCCACAGCGAGGUCUGGCUUUCAUGCCCAAGCGCGGUGUGAACACGCAUGAGAAUGAGGUCAUGCGCGCCUACAAGACUGUGGACGACAAGAUCAUCGAACCCAUCUCUUUCAUCGUACCGCGGCGAUCUGAGACUUUCCAGGACGACAUCUAUCCACCCACUGUUGGCCUCAAACCCGCAGUCUCGAGCUCGGAGUGGCUAGAAGGUAAGACUGGACUACCUCCAAAAUUCUCCAUGGAAGACGUUUUUGAGGGCAACGAGCCGAAAGAGUAUGCUGCCUCCGAAGCGCCAAAAGCUGCACCCGCGAAAACAGCACCGGCGCCUGCGCCUCAGACAUCGACAGCGCCGAUCGCACGAGAGCCAGAGCCCGCACCAGCACCUGCUGCAGCACGAGAAAUGCCGACCAUGAAAGAGAACAAGCAGUCGAUGUCGGCCAUGGCCUCCAAAUUCGCAGACAAAGAUGGCGAAGCCGAUGAGGAGGAAGAAGAGGAAGAGCCAUUCGAAGAGAUUCAGAAACCUGUCGAGAGACCACAUGCGGCACUCGCUUCGCGACAAGAACCCAGAGGAGGCGUGCCAGAGGAGAAGCCGACAGAGGAGAAGCCGAGGGAGGCGGUACGCAGUGGUGUUCCUGAGCCUGCACCGGUAGCGUCACACGAGCGCGAGAAUGGACAUGUGGGCGGUGCCUCUACUGGUGAGACUGUAGCGCCGAAGGAGACGCUGACUUCAAAGCCUACCGAUGAGUCGAGGCAAGCUGAGGACACGUCUACUGGGAACGCGAGUGCGAAUCCUGCUCCUUCAGCUAGUGCAGCCGCUGGUGGUCUACGAGAAGUGCUGCAAGAGAUCCGAGGCAUGUUGCAGUCGCAAGGCAAACAGAUCGAGCAGUUGACUAGUGAAGUGGCGCAGCUGAAGGCGAAAGUACGAGAGUAG